AUGGAGUUCCAACUGCCCGAAUUGCCAUUGUCUCAGAUCUUCUCUUUCCUGGAUUCAUUCAGCUUGCUCCAGGCUGCCCAAGUGAACAAGCAAUGGCGAACAGUUGCAAACAGUAAUCAGCUGUGGAAAAGACUGUAUGUGUGGAGGUGGCCCGAUAGCAAGCUAAGUUGUGGGUGUGACGGCCUGGUGAAGGAAUGGAAGAAGUCCUACCUGAGGAUGACCAGGCAUGAGCGACAGAUGACAUUGGCCAAGGCAGACGACUUCAGUUAUAAAGAAGCAUCUGAGGAAGAGGGGACGAUGGGGCUUACAGCUUAUGUGUGGAAGAACGACCCCGAAAUCGUUGGUAUGACUCCUGUCAUCUGCUCCGUGUCUUCGAUAAAGAGGCUGUAUGCCUGGGACGUCCAAACUGUGGGCGACAUCACUGGGGAUAUCUACACAUUUACGUUACCUGACUUAACCCAGAUUUCUAAAGUUAAAGCAUUUCAAUUCAGAGUCGACGUUUUGCUCUGCUCUCCGCACAAGCAGUGGAUGUUUGCGUGUGGGCUACAGCAACAUACCUUCUCAAGGGCCAAAUGGAUCCCCAAUAGAGAUAGCAAGAUAGUACUGAUGUACCAACGUAUCCCCAAGAAGAUAGGGUUGAUGACCCUGAGCCUCACAACCAAGAAGAUUGGGAAAAAAACCAACGUAGAAGCACGUGAGGUCGGGAAUUUCCUGCUGCCAGAUCACAUAGAUAGUUCUAACUGGAUGGGAGUCAGUGAAGAAGAAUUGAUCGUCUUGGGCAGUGGGCCAUACCUUUUCAUCUUUACCACUAAUGGCUUCCUCCUGCGUCAAGUGGAUGACCACCUGACAGGCAUCAUGCACCUGAGGGUGGAUCAUAUCCGUGUCCUUGCUACAACUAUGGAUGGUACUCUGCACCUGUAUGUUUGGGAAGAGGGAGGCCGCUAUCCGUAUCUCAAGAAGUGCUGUGAACUGAAAUUUGUGAGCUCCAACUUCACCUUGGACCGCUAUUUCUACGAUGUAAUAUGUGAUAAUGACAGCAUAGUACGUGUGGUGUCAUCAGAAACUACUGGCUUCAGCAUCCUGAUGUUGUACACUUUGAAAACAAGUCUACAAAGCUAA